AUGUCCAAACCUGGCCCCAAAAACUGUCUCACCGGCGAAUGCAAUGGAGGUUUGGAAUGCGAUCGCAACAGCGGCGUCGGAGUACCCCCUGCAACUGUAGCGGAGUGGACAUUGUCCGCCAACCCCAACGUUCCCGACAACUACGACGUUUUCCCUUGUCGACGGAUCUCGAACAACAAAGGCUAUCCAGUAGCCGAAUGCGCAAAGGAUCUGGGCCCUAAUUGCCCCGCUCCUCUCAAAGGGCCAUUCGACAGCGAUGGGUUCCCAGUAGGGUGCAAAUCUGCCUGUUUCACCAACCUAGACAGUAACCCCCAGAACUCUGCUAACUGCUGCACUGGAUCCCAUAAUACCCCCGAAACUUGCCCCGCUAGUGGAGGUGCCUUCUAUAGCUACUUCAAGAACAACUGUCCGAGGUUCUACGCCUAUGCCUAUGGCGAGCACAGUAGGACUGCCUUAUUCACCUGUGACUCCAAGCUCAAGGCGGACUACACCUUGAUUUUCUGCCCUUGA